AUGAAUGACAACAAUAAUAGGGAUCAAAGUGAGUGGGAACUAGAUGGCUACGAUAAUCAAUGUGACUACUCCUCUGAUCAACUUCAAAGUCUCUAAAACAUUUACUUCGGCCAUCGGAAUGCUUUUAGUCACAUUUAGUCUUCUGAUAAUGAGGGCCAUGAUUGCGGGGUCAAUUUUUAACAAAAAAUUAGCUCUAGUUAAUCGAAUUCCUGGCUGGAAAAUGACUCACAUUCCCAAUUCUAAUUGCAAUAACAACGAGCGAAAAUGAUUGCUGAAGCCAAGCAGUAGGUUGUCCGGGAAAUUAUCUCAGAGAACGGUAGCCUACAGAAUUUACAUGGCGUAGUCGGCAGAAAACUAUUAUUAUACAGAAAAAGGGGGAUGACUUAAGCAGAGGCUUUGAAUAGAGUAAUUUAAAAGCUCAUUCAUAUAAAGCAGAUACCGUCCUCAAAUGAUUCUCAAUUAAGAUGCAAUUCACCUAUCUAUGAGCAGCAAGAGUUAAUUGCUAAACUGAGGAAAUCUAAUGGGCUAACAGUGGAAGAAUCACAAAAAACUCUUUAAUUAAAAAAAGAGAUAGACAAAUUAAUGCAUUAAACUUUGAACCGAGAAAAUUCUAAUUCAAGUGAGGACUCAAGUUCUAAUGAUUAAUAGCAGCUUCAACAACACUACUAAAGUUCAUAAUACAGUGAAAGUUAGAGUCCUGUCACAAAGGAGAGAUUGAAGAUUGAGAAACGCUAUCAUAAGAAAAUGCAGAGAGUAAUGGACACAAUGAUUGAAAGAGUGGAUCAUCAAAGCAGCAGUUCAGGAAGUUGCUCAAGUGAUGAGAGACAAAAAUAAAGUACCGGGGGAAGCAGCACAUUGAACUCUAAGAAAAGAAAGUACUAGGAAUUCAUUGAAGGACUAAAGUACAAUAGUUUGGUUUAGAAGUCAACAGAAAGCAGUAGCUUAGAAACUGUGAAAGUCUAGUUGUACUAAUCAAAAAGAAAACAUCUAAACGAAUAGGGGCCUUAAUAACACCCUCAAAACACUAAGAAAAGAGCGAUUAAAGACUUUCAGCAAAGGUAAUAUAUUCUUCCAUUUGAGCUUUAUCAAUUGUAUAGUGAUGAAGCUCAAUUUGAGGAUUCGAUUGAGGCCAAACAGUAGUCCCACUACAAGCAAUAAAGAGCGAAGAGACUAAAGAACAAUGAAUGA